CAGCUAGCCCUCGACCUAUUGGAAGACCCAAACGUAGACAAAAGCCAGAUACAUAUCCACUACAACUCGUACACGCAGUGCUUCGAACUCAGAAAGCUGACGCCAAUUCUGGCGUCCACUGAAACGUGGUUCAGGCGACAAUUUGACCGAUUUAUUUGCAAUGGGGUGUGGACGACAGCCGAACGUAACAAUGUUGACUUGUCUGUUGGGCGGUGGACCGACGGAUUCGCAGCGCCUUACAACCAAUCCGCCAAAGAGCCAGCUUUGCAAAUUAUCCCGCGCCAGGGAGCAAUGCCCACCGUGGUCUUCGAAGCAGGCUGGAAAAAGAGCUUCGAACAGAUGAACCGGGACGUGGAUCUAUGGUUCCACGGAAGCGCUGGGCACGUGCGAGUAGUGAUUUUGAUCAAAUGGGCCAUUGAGAGCAAUGGGGUCAAUGGCAGAAUGGAGGUGUAUAGGGCAGACAGUCCA